ACAAUACAAAAAUUCUGACUCCCUGCGCAUGGGAGGGACCUGCCUUUCAACAUUUAACCACUGCCCAGCGCGGGGCCAAGACGCACAGUGAGAACGAGGGCUUUUCAAACCUGGAAUAAGCACAUAACCUUUAUAUUGAGAGCUCACAGUCUGGAUUUCUCAACUGACUACUAUAAAGGAAACAAAUGAUGGAUUUUUUUGUUCGUAUUUGGAUAUUUACAAGGGGACACCAUGUCGAUUUACUUAUUUACUUAGUAUGAUGUAUCUGGUCACUGAGGUGUUUUCUUCAGGGAAUUACUUCAGAGUGUUCUUUCAUUUGAAGAUUGGUGUGCACAUGGAAUAGACCGCUAAGGGUCUUGAAGUGGACAGGUCAAGGGGACGUGCUUGAAAUCGUGAAACAUUGGAUUAUAGUUUCUUAUUGGAGUAGGUUAUCACUGGCUGUUAGACGAGCUCUUUGGUAUUAGAUGAUAUACCGGUGGGCUAUAAUGUAUGGAAUAAAUCAGCGCUGCGUUUACAUCUCUUUUCAUUUCUUCGUGCUGUGCUGCCAUGCCCAGGUAAAACUUGAACAGGGGGAGAAUCACCCGUCUCCUAAUUUUAACCAGUAUGUGAGGGAGCAGGGCGCAGUGACGGACCAGUUAAGCCGGCGACAAGUCAGGAUUUACCAACUAUACAGCCGAACCAGCGGGAAGCACGUUCAGAUUCAGGGCAAGAGGGUCACCGCCAAUGCUGAAGAUGGCAAUACUUACGCACGUCUCUUUGUGGAGACUGACACUUUUGGUAGUCGUGUGCGGAUCAAAGGAGCAGAGAGUGGUCGUUACCUCUGCAUGAACCGGAAGGGGAAACUAGUUGGAAAGCCCAAUGGAAGAAGCAGGGAUUGUAUCUUUACUGAAAUUGUUCUGGAGAACAAUUACACCGCCUUCCAGAAUGCCAAGUAUGAGGGUUGGUAUGUGGCUUUCACCAGGAAAGGGAGGCCCAUCAAAGCUUCUAAGACAAGAGAGAACCAGAGAGAGGUUCAUUUCAUCAAGAGGCUACACAAGGGCCCAUUGCCUUUUCCCAACAUGGACCAAACCAAACAUUUUGAGUUCAUCCGUUUUCCGCCGACCAGGCGAGCGAAACGGAACAGGAAAUCACAAACUUCUACCUAACACUGAACAGACGUGGACUCAUAUUAUUUAGAAAUAAGAAGAAAAAGAUGCAAUUCUAUUUUUGUAUAUUUUUUAAUAGGUAAAGAUACUUAAAAAUGCCAAAAACAUUGUAUGUAAUAUCACUGUAAAAUGAUGACAUGUAAAUACUGUAAGAGAGUAAAGAAGAUGAAUGUAUAUAUUUAAUAAGCCUGUGUGUGUUAGCUGUAUGAUUGGAGGAUAUCCUUGGAAGAACAUGGGGUAUGGGUACAUUAAUAAACAUGCUCUGCUUGGUUGGCACAACAUUUCAGCGUGACAAAUGCAAACUUUUAGCUUUAGAUCGUGUCUCAGCUGACAGAGUUCUUGGUACCAGUGUGCUAAAUUAGUAUUUCUAAGUUAGGAAACCCUCCUUGGAAAUGUAAAGGAAGUAACAUACAAGUCAAUGCUGAUUAAGGUGCACAACCGCCAGACAGAUUACGUAAAUAUGUAGACAUGAUGUUAAUGACUGUCGAGUGGGACGUAUUUGGUGAAAUAUUUGAGUUAAACCAAGACAUUAAUUGCUAUAUUAAAUCCCU